UUGGACUAUAAAUACAAUAGAGAAACAUGUUCUUAUCCAAAGCGUCUCUUUUUCUUUUUCCUGUAAAAAGGUCACUUAAGAAUAGACUGUUUUACGUCCACAAUAGCAUUAUUUAUCCAAAAAGAACGUUCUCCACCACAAUGACAGUAAUGGCUCAAGACGAAAAAGAACGUGUUUGUAUCAUUGGAUCUGGUAAUUGGGGUUCAGCAGUAGGUAAAAUCAUUGGUGAAAAUGUCUUGAAAUACCCAGCUUUAUUUGAGCCCGAAGUCAAACAAUGGGUCUUUGAAGAGAUGUACAAAGGUGAAAAGCUCACGGACGUUAUUAAUCGUGAGAAAGAAAACCCAAAGUAUUUACCAGGCAUUAAAUUCACCAGCAACAAUAUAACCGCUGUGCCUGACUUGAUCGAAGCCACUAAAGGAGCCACCAUUCUUGUCUUUGUUUUGCCUCAUCAAUUCGUACGUGGCGUAUGUAACGCAUUAAAGAAAUCAGAAAAGACAGCUCACCCCUCAGCCAAAGCCAAAAAGGAUAUCAAAGCUAUCUCACUCAUCAAAGGAUUGGAUAUUAAACCAGAAGGAGUCACCUUAUUCUCAGAAGAAAUCGCCCGACAUUUGGGCUUGAAAAAUGUAGCAGCAUUGAGUGGUGCGAAUAUAGCAGAUGAAGUUGCUUUAGAACGAUUCUGUGAAACCACCAUUGGCUGUCAAUCGGAAGAGAAUGGUCAGUUGUUCUUCAAACUCUUCAACACACACUAUUUCCACGUCAAUGUCAUAAAGGACCAUGUGGGUGUCGAAUUAUGCGGUGCUUUGAAGAACGUGGUAGCUGUAGGAACAGGUAUAUCCGACGGCCUUGGUUAUGGUAGUAACACAAAAGCCGCCAUCAUAAGACUGGGCCUGAUGGAAAUGCGCAAAUUUGGCCAGACGUUUUUUGGUUCAGCCGUAGAAGAUACCACCUUUUUUGAAUCCUGUGGUGUGGCCGACUUGAUCACUACUUGUUCAGGUGGCCGUAACCGUAGAGUAGCUGAGGCUUUUGCAAAGACAGGUAAACCCAUUGACGAACUGGAAAAGGAAUUACUGAACGGACAGAAGCUGCAGGGGACAUUGACAGCUCAUGAGGUCCAUCAGUUCCUCUCAGCUCGUGGCAAAACUCAAGACUUUCCAUUAUUCGAAACAGUCUACCGUAUCAUUUAUGAAAGAGCGCCCCUAGAAUCCAUUGUUCGUAAUAUCACCCUUUAAAAAGUCGAAUCUCUUUUUAUUUUAUUUGCAUUUUCCACAGUAGAUUCGCGCAUUGUAUCAUUAAGUUAGUUACGGAUAAAAAUAGUAUUUCUGAUGGUUUGAAUAAAGUUAUUUUUGUAGAAAAUCAAAGAAUCUAUCA